AUGGGGGUCCAAGAAAUGGUUGCAAUAUUUUUAAAUACGCUUGCACAUGGGUUAGGAAAUAGGAUGGCACAAGAAAGGUUUCAACGCUCAGGAGAAACUAUUAGCAGGCACUUUCAUGAUGUUUUAUCAGCUUGUAAUAUGCUUGCAAUGGAAUGUAUCAAGCCACAAGAUCGAACAUUUCGUCAUAUAUCAACAAAAUUGCAAAAUGAUAAACGAUAUUGGCCUUUUUUUAAAAAUGCAAUUGGAGCAAUUGAUGGUACACAUAUUCCAUGUGUGGUCAAUGUUAGUGAACAACAAAAAUAUAUUGGAAGAAAAGGAAUUCCAACACAAAACGUAAUGGCGGUUUGUGAUUGGGACAUGUGUUUCACAUUUGUCUUGGCUGGAUGGGAGGGUACUGCACAUGACUCUCGCAUAUUUCAACAUGCUCUCACAACUCCUUCAAUGAACUUCCCACAUCCACCUUCAGGUAAAUAUUAUUUGGUGGAUGCUGGCUAUCCAAACCCAAAUGGAUAUGUUGGACCGUAUAGACGUGAGCGCUAUCAUCUUUCUGAUUUUAGGAGGUCAUCUUCAUUUGCAAAUAAUAAUGAGGUCUUCAAUUAUUAUCAUUCAAGUUUAAGGUGCACCAUAGAAAGAACUUUUGGGGUUUGGAAGAAUAGAUUUGCAAUUUUACGCCAUAUGCCUAACUAUGAUUAUGAUACACAAGUUCAAAUUGUUGUUGCAACAAUGGCAAUACAUAAUUUCAUUAGAAAACAGUCUGAUUCUGAUUAUGAAUUUAUGCGUCAUGAAACAGAAGACCACAUAGAGCAUGAAGAUAAUGAUCAUGUUGAUGACUAUUCAUCCUUGCCUUCAUCUACAACAUCCUCAUCAGAUAUGGCUCAUCUUCGUGAUGUUAUUAGAGAUCAGAUAGUUUAUUAUCUCCCAAGUCAUUAG